ACGUUGAAUCAUUUUCUAGACAGAAUCUGAGUCUCUCUUUUUCUGUUUCUCUCUCUCUUGUUCUCUUUCAACAUGGAAUUUGAAAAGCAUGAAAAAGGAAGCUUAUCAAACAAGAACUUAGAGGAGAAAUUGACGGUCUCUCCUGGUGACUCUGAAGCCAAACCUCUGAUCUUCACAUUUGUCCCCACUGUCAGAAGACUACCAACCCACUCCCAGUUGGGUGACACCUCUAAGUUCCUUGUUAAAAUUCCUGAGGAACCAAGUGAUAAGACUCCAGAAACUAUAAAUAGGUCUCAUUUCAAUGAGUACUUGACCUUGAAUGCUGGGAGCCAACAGGAGAGAGACCAAGGAACAUUGACUGAUCCUUUAGAGGUCGAGGGCAAGACUACACAAGGAAGAGGAUUUAAAGCAAACGAACCUCAAGGGAUGCAGCAAAGUGACCUCUUCAAAGCUGAAUAUGUCUUUAUUGUGGACUCUGAAGGGGAAGAAGAAGCUACAACUAGCAAAAGUGAACAAGGCCCCCCGAGAGGGAUGAGCACCACAGCUGCUCGGCCCACAUCCCUAGCCAUCUCAUCCAGCCUGGCCUCUGACUCUGUGCGCCCCAAAACACGGGGGGCAGACCUCCAGGCCCCAUCACAUCCUGAAAUGCCUCAUGGGAUGGCUCCUCAGCAAAAACAUGGGCAGUUCACUUCUUCUCCCACUGCCUCUGAGCAGCUUGCCUGUAAACCACCUGCUUUCUCCUUUGUUUCUCCAACUAAUCAGAAAACACCACCUGCCCCCGUCAACCUCUCCGAAGCCUCUAUCCUGGAGGAGAUCCACACGAGGCGGCUGGAUGUCACUGGGGCCCUGGUGGAAGAAACAGCUACGUACUUUCAAACUUCCGCUCACUCUGCACCCUUUUCUGCAUCGAAGGGCGUGUUCUCGACGUCGCAGUUCCCCCAUUCCACUCAGUUGUCAGGUUCUCCUUUGUCCCAUCCAAGUGCAGCCCAGCAAAAACCUGGCCUGACGUCUGAAGCUCUCAAGAAGACGACAGCUGUCACCUCGCCCGUCCUUAGUCCCAGCGAAAGUCCGAGAACCUCUUCUUCACCGGCCUCCGGUGCUUCUCUGAAGUCGAAUUCAGCCUCCUACAUCCCAGUCCGCAUCAUCACGCACUCGCUCUGCCCGAGUCCAAAACCCUUCCCCUCCCUUUUCCACGGCUCUUCUUCCACUGUCUGUAGCCACGUGUCAUCCAGCGGGAACCUCUCAAAGUCAGGGGUGAAGUCCCCGGUACCCUCCCGGCUUUCCCUCCUCACGGCCAUCCUCAAGUCCAACCCUUCUCACCAAAGACCCCUCUCCCCGGCAUCCUGUCCCACCUUCACUCUCAACUCCCUGACCUCUUCCACACUUACUCUCGAUCAGAAAGUAAAACAAACCUCACCCACGCCGAAAAAAUCUCUCUCGAGUUGCUCCCUGCGGGCAGGGUCUCCGGAGCAAAGGGAAAACCAGGUUUCUGGACUCAGCCAGCAAGCCUUUCUUUCACCUUUUUCUACCAAAGCUGCUCCCCUUCCUCAGACCCCCUCCCACAUCAGUAGCAGCCCUGUUUCUUUGAAUGUAGAGAAAAUGCCAUCCCCCUCUUCUUUGAAGAGCAGUCCCAUGCUUUCCCCGCUGCAAACAAGUACCUCCAGUUCAGCGGGUCUGCCUCCUGUUCCUCCUCCAAGCUCUUCUCCUCUGUCUCCCAAGGGCAGACAGGAUGCAGACCUCAGGGACCCAGGCAAGCCCAGGAAUAUUUGCCCACAUUCUUCAAAGUCAGCCUCCUCUGCAUUAUCUUCUGCAUCUCCUCUCACUAACCAAAGAGCCAGGCUCUCCUCCCCAGAGAAAUGCUACCAUCCUUCCCCAGCUCUUUCAAACUUGAUAAACAGAUCCAAGAGAGCAUCAGCACCGCUCUCUGGCCAGGGGCAGACUCCUUCAGCUCCUCCUCCACCUUCUGUCUCCAGUGCUGGCUCUGCCUCUCUUCCCCAAAUGGGGUCCUCCGCUCCCCCUUUUGCUAAUCUGCCCACACAGGCGCUCCAGCUCAGUCCCUCAGCGAUGCACUCAAAUCUUACCUUGCCUUCAAGAUUUGGGAAAUCUGAAAGCUCAAUAUCUGACCACAGGUCAUCUGUUUCAACCCCACCACCUCCCAUCUCUCUAACAAGAACCAAGGAGCUGAUUUCACCUUGUGCAUUGUCCAUGUCAACAGGCCCUGAAAAUAAGAAACCCAAGCAAUACAAGACCAAGUCCAGCUACAAGGCUUUUGCAGCAAUCCCUACAAACAUAUUGCUUUUGGAACAGAAGGCACUAGAUGAACCAGUCAAGACUGAGGGCAUCUCCAAGGACAACACCUUAGACCCACCUCUGGAGUUGUGUUUCCCUGCACAGCUCAGGCAGCAAACUGAAGAGGUCUGUGCUACCAUUGAUAAGGUCUUACAGGAUUCCUUGUCUAUGCAUUCUUCUGAUUCUCCUUCAAGUUCUCUACAGACAUUGAGUUCUGACUCAAUCAAAAUACCUACAACUCUCCCGAGAGCAGCUGGUCGAGAAACCAAAUAUGCAAACCUCUCCUCACCUUCUUCUACGGUAUCUGAGACUCAGCUGACAAAGCCUGGAGUAAUUCGCCCCGUACCUGUUAAAUCCAAAAUAUUAUUGAAAAAAGAGGAAGAAAUCUAUGAACCCAACCCUUUCAGUAAAUACCUGGAGGAUAACAAUGACUUCUUUUCGGAGCAGGAUGUGCCAGCCCCUCCCAAGCCUGUUUCUCUCCAUCCUUUAUAUAAGAGUAGACUCCAUCCUCCCGCUAAGUCCCUGCUGCAUCCACAGGCCCUCCCACAUGCUGACUGUCUUACCCCAGGACCCUUCGGUCACUUGUCUUCCUUCUCCCUGAGUGAUGAACAGAAUUCUCACACCCUGUUUAGUCACAACGCAUUUAAUAAGCUGAGUCAUCCAAUGGUGCCUAUUCCUGAAUAUGAAACCCUUGAUUCCAAAGAGCAAUGAAGAUGGAGCAGAAGUGAAAACACAGACCGGGGCUGAAGUUUUCUGAAACGCUGGUGCUAAUCACUUGCUAGAUUUAACUUUUACCAGGUUUAACCCAUAUUUUUGCCGUCUUAGUGUUUCCCUUAUGGACUAAAAAAAGUUUCCUGCAGGCGUGUAACAUCGCAGUACUCACAAACACCCCAAACACCCGGCCUAGGAGAGCUUUACCUACAGUUUCUGCAUCACUGUUAGAGCCUUUAAUGCCUUCCAUUAAGCUGACCGCAAUGCUAACGUGCUCCAGUGUUUCACAGCCAAAUAAAGAAGAAUCAUGGGGAAAUAGAAUGGUGUGACAAUUUUUCAACCUCAGUUUUAUUUAAUGCGUACAUUACUUCCUGAAUCAGGUUUUAUCCCUUUCUGCUUAGCUUUUUUAACAUGUGGGGAGAAAAAAAAAAAAGAACAAUAAUUUUAAAAAACCGAGUCCCUGCCUGCUUGCAGGAGUUCACUGGGGAGCUGUUGACCGUGAGAGAGUUAUUUCACAAAAGACAACGCUGUUUUCCUGUUCUGCCUGGGUCCUGUGCCUGACAAGACAGACAUUCAUGUGGAGGUCGUGUUGCUGCAGUGUUUCUACCAUUACUGCCUCUCGGUCUGUCACUGCAUGAUUCUUGCAAAGGCUACUUCGGAGGUUGUUUGUACCCAUCCUCCUGGGAGCAGCCCAAACCAUGGAGCCAACCACACUGUGGGGACAGUCUUGGGAGCCCACCCUCCAGCACGCCUGAUGACCCCCAUAUUGGCUGUGUUCUGUUUCUUUCCCAGCUGCCAUCCCCAGUAAUCUGCCCUCACCCUGUCUAAGUGGUUUUCUUUUUGUAGCUUUCUGGCAAGUAGGGUAAGACUCUAAGGAAGAGCCCACAGCCGUUCUGGACAGUGAGCUCCUGGUAGCAGAGGAGUUUCCGAAAAGGCUACUUACCCUUGCACACAACCCAUGCUCCCUGUGAAGCCAGCUCUGUCUGAACCUCAGCUCCCUCAGACCACUGCUCCAACCCCCUGUCAUCCUGUCCACGGCAAAGCCGAGAGAGUUGCCUACAGAAGAGCAACUGGCGUGCUUCCUCCUCCAUGGGUCUUUUUGGAAAAUCUGCAUUGACAGUUUGUUGGUCACUGGAAAUACGAAGUUCUCAUCAUCUCCUGCAUUCAUGGGUGAGGAGCAGUGGAGCCUCAAAAAACCUCUCUGCUCAUCUCUCCUCCUCCGAACAGAAACUACUUCUCUACCAGCUAAGUUGUGUGAUGUAUCACUUUAGAUUAUUGAUAAUAAUCUCCAAUAUUCACUGUGCUCUUAUCAUAUGCCAGGUACCACACUAAGUGCUUCAUAUGAAUUUAAUUUAACCGUCACAAUGAGCCUAUGAGGUAGGCAAUAGUAUUAUUCACAUUUUAUGCUUGUGAAAAUGAACAUUCAAUCAAGCUAGUAAGCGGUAGAGAGAAAAUUAAAAUCCAGAUAAUCAGGGUCUAAGACCAAGCCAUUUAUUCAAUCAUUUGUCCAUUCAUUUUUGACUUUGAGAAUGAAAAGUUGAGUUCAUCACACUCCCUAGUUUAUUGCUAUCACAAGUGUGGGCAAGACCCCUCUCCUGCAUACUUAUUGAUUGGAUGGUUAAUUCAUGAACUUUUAUAACAAUUUCUAUCUUCCCUUCUCCUGCCAAAGGCACACAUUCUAACGUUUGAUAUAUAUGCCUUACUUAUAUAUGUUUUGAAGAUGUGCAUUGUUUUUCUCCGCAUAUAUAUUUAAUAAAUGUAAAUGGCAUUAUAGUUUA